UUUUACCAUCCAAACCAAUGACGACGGCACCACCGCAACCGAUUACAUGCAAAGCCGCGAUUUGCUGGGGAGCGAAGCAAGACUUUGUCGUGGAAGACGUCAUUGUCGGGCCACCUGCAGAAGGUGAAGUGCGCAUUAAGAUCCUGGCGACGGGAGUGUGCCACACCGACGAGUACACUCGAUCGGGGCAAGAUCCCGAAGGCUUGUUCCCGUGCAUCAUGGGCCACGAAGGCGCGGGUGUGGUGGAAAGCAUUGGGGCCAACGUCACGUCUGUCCAAGUGGGGGAUCACGUGAUCCCGUGCUACACGCCACAAUGCCGCAAUUGCAAAUUCUGCAAGUCCAACAAGACCAACUUGUGCUCUGUGAUUCGAUCCACCCAAGGACGCGGGUUGAUGCCUAACGGCACGUCUCGCUUCACGUGCAAGCGCAAUGGCGAGACCAUUUUCCACUUCAUGGGAACGUCGACGUUCUCCGAGUACACUGUAUUGCCAGAGAUCUCCGUUGCCAAGAUCAACAAGGCGGCGCCGUUGGACAAGGUGUGCUUGCUGGGCUGCGGGAUCACGACUGGAUACGGCGCGGCGCUCAACACGAUGCAAGUCGAGCCGGACUCGACGGUGGCGGUGUUUGGUCUAGGCGCGGUGGGGUUGGCGGUGAUCAUGGGAUGCAAGGCGGCCGGCGCGCGUCGCAUCAUUGGGGUGGACAUCAACCCGAAGAAGUUUGCGAUUGCCAAGGAGUUCGGUGCCACGGAAUGCGUCAACCCGAAGGACCACGCGGCGCCUAUUCAGCAGGUGUUGGUGGACUUGACGGUGGAAGACGGGUUUGGCGGGCUGGACUACACGUUCGAGUGCAUUGGGUUGGCGGACACGAUGCGCGCGGCGUUGGAGUGCUGUCACAAGGGAUGGGGCCAGAGUUGUGUCAUUGGGGUCGCCGCGAGUGGCGUCGAGAUUGCGACGCGGCCGUUCCAGCUGGUCACGGGACGCCGCUGGGCUGGGUCGGCCUUUGGUGGGUUCAAGAGCCGCGACGGCGUGCCCGCCCUCGUGGAGCAGUACCUCAAGCACGAAGUCAAAGUGGACGAGUUUGUGACCCACCACUUUGCCCUCGCCGAAAUCAACCAAGCGUUCCACGCCAUGCACAGCGGCGACUGCAUUCGCGCCAUUGUGCACUUGGAUCAGUAGACACGUGCAUCGUUAGUUUGAAAGUAAAAUACUACUGCUUGGGAGAAGAAAUACUUACUAUCCAUCCUCAAAACGUCGGAAAAGCCGCCGUCGGAUGAGCAAGGAUACACUACUGUACUAUUAAUAGUAUUAAUACUAUUAAUAUUAAUAGAAAGAUCAUGAUCAUA